CGGGGCGGCCGCGACGCCGCUAUUUAAGCCGCCGGCCGGCCGGGCGCGGGAAGGCAAAAAGGCAAGCCGGCUCUCUGGAAGGAGCGGAGGUGUCAUCCGUGACCCGCGGGAAGCCCCCUCGGGAGGACCGGGCUCUGCUCGCCGCCCAGGGCUCGGGCUGAACGCGGGAGGACGAGGAGGACGAGGAGGCAGCCGCCGCCGCCGCCGCCGCCCGGCGCGUCCUUUCCGGGGCCCUCAUGAAGCGCCCGUUUCUGCCCGAGCCGCGUUGCAUCAGCCGUCCCCACAGGCUGACGACGACGACGACGAUGAUGAUGAUGUGCCUGCUCCUGAUUCCCUCCCUGCCCAGCGCCGAGUCCUCGUCCCCGCCGGCGCCGUCGGGGCUCAGCCGGCUGCUGCCCUGGUCGAGGAAGCCUUUGGCCAGAAGACACCACGGGCGUGGACUUCACCAAGGGCUGGUGACAGAAUGGCUUAUUGGCAAGGCAGUCCCCCCAGAACUGGGAGAGAAGCAGCCCGAAGGGUCGCUGAGCAGCCAGCCACGUCGCCAGAUCCUCCCCAGCGCUAGGCUAGGUCCCCAACAGGAUGGCGAUGGCCUCCUGCACCCGCCCUUCUGGGCUGCUGUCCUGCGUCAGAAGCGUCAUGCGGCCGGCCGCCUCCAUCAUGCACAACUGAUGCGUGUUGGGUGUGCCUUGGGCACCUGCCAAGUGCAGAACCUCAGCCAUCGGCUUUGGCAGCUGCAGGGUCAAUCGGGAAGACACGACGUGUCCCCCAUGAAUCCCAAUAGCCCCCACAGCUAUGGGUGAAGGAAGAGAAACCCUUCAGGACUCUGUGCAAUGCCUGCUUCCUGCCUGGCCUCAAAGAUGUCCUCUAGCAAAAGGCCUUGUAGCACCUCGGCCCACUCCCCACGGGCGUUUCUUUGGAUCCAAGAAAAGGGGGCACGCCACCGAGGAGAGCCCGUGAAGUUCAUGGAUUUGCUCGAAACACUGUGGCAGAGAACAGGCAUUCCGUGGGGCUGAUGGAGACCCACCCCCCAGACUCACCAGUAGAAAUGUGCUGGGUGUGCCCAGAGUGUGUGGCUGGGCGGGCGGGCAGGUUGGGCUCCCUCACCAUUCACAAUAGAGACAAGAUUAGGAAGGAUUGUCCACAUGGUUCCAAACAACAUCCAGCUUCUGGAAUUUGGAACCUGUUCUCUGUCCUUGUAGAACAAAUAAACACCUCUGCAACUGUGCUUUGUUUGCCAAAAAGAAAAAAGGAGUUCCAUAUUAUGCUGUGAGGCCUGGGGAGGAAUCAUGGGGCCUUUGCCAUUUUAGAUGGAAGCAUAUGCCAGGGUGGAGAAUGCAAGGAGGGUUUUCUACUUCCAGAACCAGAGAACCAUGGAAGAACCAGAUAAGGUUCUUCUUUGUCCGAGUGUCCUUCUGUAUAUGUGGAAACUGGUGGAAAGAGGGGAAGCCAGAGCUCCUUCCUUCCUUUUUGUGCUGACAGCACACUAAAAGGUGGAGAUGGGAGGGAGGUUCCCCUCCCCCAGCAGAUUUGCCUCCCAUGACAUGAGCUGACCCAGGAUCCUGGGAGCUUCGCCCAGGCAGGGCGGUGUGCGCGCCUGUCCCUUGUUAACAGGUAAAAUGCUGCAGGCAAGUUUCAGAAAUCUGCGCGAGGGACAGCCAAUAUCUCAGUCUCUAUCAAUUGAUGACAAAAUGAAAUGUGUGCGUGCAUGCUCAUGUUGCCUAAUUCUUCCUACAGCCAUGCUGUGGGAUACACGAGGGUCCAGAAGGUGGUCCAGAAGGCCCAUCUGCUCUCAAGGCUUUUCAGUGGCCUUCAAACAUAUUGUCCCCUUUUUAGUCAAAUAAACCUUGCAACUGUUUACAACCAAACCAAUUUUUUUAAAAAGCAAGUAGGACACCAGAAAAGGGGAAAACACAAUGAGAGAGCCAGUGGGGGUACAAUUCAUGGCUACCAGAUCAUAAAAAUCGGUCAGAAGACCUGCAGUCGUGAGAU